UGUCUCCCUCAGAGGUUCUAAAUUUAUGUCUGCUUUCCUAUCAUUUUCAACUAGUUUAAAUAAUUUAUGUUUCUGUUAGAUAUAUAUCAAUUUACUUAUUUCUGAUGUUUACCAAAGCCUUAAUCUUGCACAGAAGUAGCCAAUCCCAUAGGACCUUAAAGAAUCAUAGACAGAUCAAAACUCAUUGGUUUAUUUUUAUAAAUACGAUUCUACCGCAACAUUUGCUUAGUUUUAAAGGAAAUAACUGUUACUUAUAUUAAUGCUAAACCAUCUUAAAAUUUUUGGUGAAUCCAUUAAAUUAUAGAUAAGCUUUAGGAAUCAAUUUUAGCAGAGUUAUGGGUUAGAUAAUACUCGAUUCUUUCGAGCAUCUCUUCAGCACUAUAGUUGAAGUUAAGUGAAGCUUCUUCUCCGCUUAAUGCAACUGAAUGCAUGUCGUAUGCUCUGGCAGCUCCAAGUUCGUCAGCAAAUGUCCCAAUGUACUUCUUAACCUGGUCAACAUUUAUAAGUGCCUGCCAGUUGGAGUUGUUCUUGGAGACUCCAAUGUACUUAGAUCUUCUUCUUAGAUGCUUUUUAUGGGCACUCUUAGCUUUCUUUGGUGUAGAAGUAAACCCUGUCACACAUUGAUUCAGGAUGCUCAUCUUCAAGUCUAAGAGUCCUUGCCUGAUAUCGAGUUCUUUAGUAUUUCUCUUUCUCUUGGUUGGGGUUAAUUUUUCAUUAAGCAUUUGAGCUUGUCUGAUUGAAUUUGUAUCUGAUUUAGAUAGGUUAGUUUGAAUUUUCUUUUGAACAGCCUUCAUGUCAGAUGCUGUAGAAGGAUAAUCAUUUUUAUACAAAUUAGGAUACGAUGUAGAGAAGCCUUGAUGUCAAAAGCAAAAUCAAUAGUCUUGAGCUUCUGAAGAAGUCUGAUUGAUGUGGUCCAAUCAGUACACUGAUUUAAGUUCCUCCAUGAUGUCUGAGUAGCUCCAGUUUGGUAAGGAAGUACAAUUUGCGUUGUUAGCAAAACUGGUAAAGUUCAUUUUAAUUAUUAUCGAAACUUAAUUUUUCUUCUUAAAUAACAUACUUUGACAGGCAUCUCUGAUUCGUUCAAUUUGGUAACUGUCAGAAAAGUUAGAUUUUAAAGUUCAAAAAUUAUUUGGAAAGCAAUUUAGGUUUUGAUAGCUAAUUAGGGUCAAUAUUUUCACAGCAAGGAUUUGCCAAAUAGACUUAUUUCUGCAGAGGGUUUCUCACAUAACAGCAUGACACUUUGCUAUAAGAAACAAUGGGCAUGUGAGAUGUCAGAUUAUUAUAACUAGAUAGCUUACUCCUGGUAAGUCCUAUCUCUUAUGCUCAUUCAUGUCAAUUUAAAAAUGAUCCCUUAGUUUACUUCCUUUCUAAUGAAGAUGGGAAUUUCGAAGUUUUCAUAUAAAGGCUGACCAAAAAGUUUAAUAUUUUUAACAUUUCGAAAAAUAAUUAACAAACAGCCUAUCUCGCAACUCGAUACGUAAAGCAGAGGAUUAGUACUCAAGUAGGAAAUGAGAACUGUACAAUUUUAACUAAUUCUUAAUUUUCUUAGUUCUGAAGACGAGGAGUUUUAUCAAUAUUUAACCCAUAAGCUCAUUCUCAGCUUUGGGUUUCAUCUAAGACUAGAGUCUUUUGGUCACCUAUAUUCGACAGUCAUUAAUAAUUAACUUGGCAAGGUAUUCUGAUAAUUAUGAAAUAAUUAGCAAGAAGUCUUAAAAAGCAAACAAAAACACUAAAAAUAAUUUGAAAUUAGGCUUAUAGCUCAUUUCAACAUUUUGGCAGUUUUAUCCCUGUUGUUAGUUCAUCUUGGGCAUUCACCACUAAUGAGGUCAAUUUUUUCGAAACCCAGAUGCGGGUUUUAGCCUCGUAUUAGUGAGCAGCUAUCAAGAAAAUUCUAAAAAUUAUGGACCUAGCCACUUAUCUAUCUAUAAGACCUUCUGAUAGUCGCAGAGCUUGCCAAGAGUUUGUUAUUAAAUUUUCUGGUAAAAUGAAUGGAUGGUAAAUAAUAAAAGAGUUCAGACACUCUAGAGCAAUAUUUGCAGAUGCAUGAUGCAUCUCCUGACAAAGAGAGUUUUGAAGCUUGAUAGCCAAGCUCUCUGCUUAACCUAGUACUCCUUGAUCUUGAACUUUUCGAGCAGAGUUAGAUAUUUUCUGGAAAUCUUUUUCUAUGGGAGCAAAUUUUGAAAUCAAUUAAAGAUAUCGCUCAUAUUGUAUAGUAAUGCUAAACUUUACAAUAAAUUUACUAAUUGAUCUCCUAUCAAGCAAAAGAAAGAUUUUAUCACUAAAAUUAUCAGUUAAGGUUUUUGGAAUCUCUAAAAACUUAGCAGGGAGUUUGGCCUCAAAGACAAGGAAAUAGCAUACGGAUUCUUGAUAAAAGUUGCAGUGUCAGAAUUUAAGAGCACUAGCUUGUACAUCCAAGAUCUUAAAUAGUUUUCCAUUAUCGAUUCUCUUGAAAUUGAGAAAUUAGGAUCCUCGGAAGAAUGGGAAACCCAAACAAAAGCUGGCCAUCUUCAAAUGA